AUGGCUGACGAGUUAGACGCAGCCUCAUUGAUACAUAUAAGAAAGAUUUUAGAGGCCAAUGGAUUUAGCUUGCGUGACUGUGGUCUCUCCACCUUGCAGGUAGAGAACGAGAUUAUAGAGGGAAGUGUUGACAUAGACGAGCUUGAUAUGGAUGAGGUGGCAUUUUCAGAAGCAGGUAAAGAAUUGAGCAUGGAACAGCAGCGCAUACUGGAUACACUGAUGAGGGAGGCGCUGCAGAAGAAGAGUGCGAAAAAACGUUUCUUUGUAUAUGGGAAGGCAGCAGCAACGUUACUGCAGGAUGGACGUACUGCUCAUAGUGCUUUUCGCCUGCCGGUUUCGGGGCUGUUUGCUGAAAGUACUGCAAACGUCGAUGCAUCGUCAUUAUUAGCGCAGCGAUUCCGUAGUACUGAUGUAAUUGUAUGGGACGAGAUCUCUAUGCAGACAAAAUUUGCAGUUGAGUGUGCCGAGAAGAUGUUGAGUUGUUUUGCAUUUCCAAGACACAGCUUUCGGUGGUAUAAUGAUGGUUUUCGGAGGAUAUUGGUUACGCAGUUCUUACCGGUUGUUGAAAAUGGAAGUAAACCGGAAAUCUUGAACCAUACGCUGAAGUACAGUGGACUUUGGCAAUUGAUGGAUGUACUGACAUUAGAAACGAAUAUGCGUGUUUUACCAGGAAACGAAGAGUUUGCUGGAUGGUUAAGAAGAGAGAAGGAGUUAAUUGACUGGCUGUAUACACCGGAACUCAUUGAAGAUGUGCAGCAACUGUCAAAAGUUGCACUGUUGAGUAUUCGUAACGAUGACGUGCUGAGUAAAAACCACAUGAUAGUGGAAAAGCUGAGAGAAAACAUUGAGGAGUGCAACGAUUUGGACAUUUAUAUGCGAUUGUAUGAUGAUGCCGAAGACUUAGCUUACUCAGAGUUGGGAGCAAGAUAUCUGGUUUACGAUUGUAAUUUCGAGAAAGUAGCUUGUGAAGAGCUAGUGGAAACAGGAUUUGCUGGGCGGCUUGGCUUCAGGUUGAUUUACUUUUACAGCAUUACCGAUAAUGGUCCCAUAUUAAUUGUCGAGAGUACAACGGCUUUGUCUACAACAACCACAACAUUGUCAAAGCCAGCACCAACAACGACUUUAAAGUCUAAUGUCACUCUCAGGUGGAAAGGGUCGGUGACUGCAGGUCCCAUAGAAUAUGACUAUGACUACAAUGAUGGUGGCACUCCUCAAUACAUCAAGGAUCUGGAGGGUUGGACAACCGAAUUUCCUUAUCAGGCGAAGCCACAACCGCAUGACUUUGACGACAUUGACUACGAACAGUAUAUAAAAGACGAAUUAGGACACACAAGCAAUGAGACCCCAUUCGAUUUGGAGAAACGACUGAAUUCUCAGUGCAUGAAACCAAGAGCUUUGACUCUGUUUGAAGCCUUCGAUGUAGACGCACAAAAAUGA